GUGUGUGUGUGUGUGUGUGUGUGUGUGUGUGUGUGUUGUAAAAUGUGCUUUUCAAAGUGCUCAGAGGUUGAUGGGAAUGUUUGAUUAGCUCCUCUGAGAAGAAAGGGUGCUUGGACCUCUAUUUCUUCUUUAGAACAAUUUGGAUGGGAUUUGUGAUGCAGAAAAACUUAAGGAAAAAAGGAUAUUCAUUCUGUGUGGUGGAAAAUUCCUGAAAAAAAUAAUUUGCUUUCUUCAAACAAGGGUGCCACUUGGAGAUUUAUGGGGGUUGUUGUCCUCACCAUGAAGGCAGCUGUUAUUGAAAUGGUCCUUGUUUUGCUGGUGACUGGAAUACAUUCAAAUAAAGAAAUGACCAAGAAGAUUAAAAGGCCUAAAUUCACGGUGCCUCAGAUCAACUGUGAUGUCAAAGCUGGGAAGAUCAUCAAUCCCGAGUUCAUUGUGAAAUGCCCGGCAGGAUGCCAAGACCCCAAGUACCACGUGUAUGGCACGAACGUCUACGCUUCCUCCUCCAGCGUGUGUGCCGCUGCGGUUCACAGUGGUGUGCUCGAUAAUUCAGGAGGGAAAGUACUUGUUCAGAAAGUAGCUGGCCAGUCUGGCUACAGGGAGAGUUAUUCCAACGGCGUCCAGUCCUUAUCCCUACCCCGGUGGAGAGAAUCCUUCGUCGUCUCAGAAGGUAAACCCCAAAAGGGCGUAACCUACCCGUCGGCUCUUACAUAUUCAUCAGCUAAAAGCCCAGCUGCCAAAGCAGAUGAGACCACAAAAGCCUAUCAGAAGCCAUCAGUUCCAGGGACAACCGCACAGCCAGUGACCCUGAUGCAGGUACCGGGGACCACCUCUGCAGAAGGCACCCACACCACCUUGCCCAAGCCAUCCGCCCCUGCAGGCUCCGCCGCCAGCAGCCCCAGACCACAGCCUGUGGGCCACAGGAGCCGGGAGCUGGAUCUCUGGUCCACCACCUCUUACACAAGCAGCCAAAACAGCCCCCGUGCCAAUCCAGGGGACACGGACAUGUGGAAGCCUGGAUCGGUCCUUUUAGAUGCAGGAUUUGUCCCAAACGAAGAACCAAGCACACAGCCUCUGGACCCCACAUCCCAGGGAGAUCCAAGCUGCAAAGUUGACCUGGCGUUCUUAAUUGACGGGAGCGCGAGCAUUGGCAGUCGUCGCUUCCGAAUCCAGAAGCAGUUCCUGGCUGACGUUGCCCAGGCUCUUGACAUUGGCCCGGCAGGCCCCCUGGUGGGCGUUGUUCAGUAUGGAGAUAACCCUGCUACCCAAUUCAACCUCAAAACUCACAUGAGUUCCCGAGAUCUGAAAGCAGCCAUAGAGAAAAUCGCCCAGCGAGGAGGGCUGUCUAACGUAGGCCGGGCCAUCUCCUUCGUGACCAAGAACUUCUUUUCCAAAGCCAACGGAAACAGAGGCGGCGCUCCCAACGUGGCUGUGGUGCUGGUGGAUGGCUGGCCCACGGACAAGGUGGAGGAAGCUUCCCGGCUUGCCAGAGAGUCAGGAAUCAACGUUUUCUUCCUCACCAUGGAAGGCGCCGCUGAACAUGAGAAACCGUACGUGAUGGAGCCCAACUUCGCAAGCAAGGCCGUGUGCAGGACAGAUGGCUUCUACUCAAUCAGCGUGCCGAGCUGGCUCAGUCUCCACAAGAGCGUGCAGCCCCUGGUGAAGCGGGUCUGCGACACCGACCGGCUGGCCUGCAGCAAGACCUGCUUCAACUCGGCCGACGUGGGCUUUGUCAUCGACGGCUCCAGCAGCGUGGGGACGGGCAACUUCCGCACCGUCCUCCAGUUCGUGGCCAACCUCAGCAGGGAGUUUGAGAUUUCAGACACGGACACACGCAUCGGGGCUGUGCAGUACACCUACGAGCAGCGGCUGGAGUUUGGGUUUGACACGUACAGCACCAAGCCCGACAUCCUCAAUGCCAUCAAGAGGGUGGGCUACUGGAGCGGUGGGACCAGCACGGGCGCCGCCAUCAACUAUGCCCUGGAGCAGCUCUUCAAGGAGUCCAAGCCCAACAAGAGGAAGCUAAUGAUCCUCAUCACCGACGGGAAGUCCUAUGAUGACAUCCGAAUCCCGGCCAUGGCUGCUCAUCACAAGGGAGUGAUCACCUAUGCAGUAGGCAUCGCCUGGGCUGCACAGGACGAGCUGGAUGUCAUCGCCACUCACCCAGCCAAGGACCACGCCUUCUUUGUGGACGAGUUUGACAACCUCUACAAAUUGGUCCCGAAGGUCAUCCAGAACAUUUGUACCGAGUUCAACUCACGGCCUCGGAACUGAAUUCGGAGCGGGCAAAUGCCGCUGCCCUGCCUCCCGCUGGGACAGCCCCCAACGCUUCACGGGCAGGAGGCAUGUGGGCUGGAGAAAUGCCGUGUCAUUACUAUUCUUUGCCAGUGUGCUUUUCUCCUAUUUCAAAACUUGGAGCUAGGAAGAUGAUCACGAAUUUGUAGAAAUGAACCAAAAUGAUACAUCCUUUUGGGGAUGCUGAGAGUUUUACGUUUUGACAACUGUUUUCAAAAUAACUAUUCAGAAUAGAGGACAGCACUUAAGACAGGCUUAACCAAAGCUUUUGUGAGUUUUUUUUUUAUUUGACAUUAGAACUCUGUAACCCUCAACAAGUUUCAUUUUUGUCCUGACAAUGUAGGAGUUGCUUAAUUAAAUAUUUAAAAGGA